AUGGAGUACAUGCUGUUUCUUGUCUUGCUGACAACUGUGUCGUCCAUUGCCUUGAACAGGGAGGAAAUCAUGGAAGCAAUGGUAAGAAUAUACUGUAUAGUAAGUAGAUUACCAAUGAGAACUGCUGCAAUUCGUUAUUUACUAAACAGCCUGGUUUGUGCUUUAGCCAACUGUUUGUUUUCAUACCAAACAUGUACGUACUAAUACUGUCACAUCUUAGGCCUAUUUAAGGAACUAUGGCUACCUACACAUUCCCACUGGACAGUAGUAAGAGCCAGGUUUAUCAGACUGAAGAAAUCACAGAGGCACUAAGGUAACCACUAAACAUCACACUUCGUAGUAUGUUCUCUCUUUUUUCUUCUGCUUUUGGCUGCCUUUCAACUAGCUUACUCAUACUCGAUACUUACUGUAUGACUACAUACAGUACCAGUCAAAAGUUUGGACACACCUACUCAUUCAAGGGUUCUUCUUUAUUUUUUACUAUUUUCUACAUUGUAGAAUAAUAGUGAAGACAUCAAAACUAUGAAAUAACACAUAUGGAAUCAUAUAGUAACCAAAGAAGUGUUAAACAAAUCAAAAUAUAUGUUAUAUUUUAGAUUCUUCAAAGUAGCCACUCUUUGCCUUGACAGCUUUGCACACUCUUGGCAUUCACUCAACCAGCUUCAUGAGGAAUGCUUUUCCAACAGUCUUGAAGGAGUUGCCACAUAUGCUGAGCACUUGUUGGCUGCUUUUCCUUCACUCUGCGGUCCAACUCAUCCCAAACCAUCUCAAUUGGGUUGAGGUCGGGUGAUUGUGGAGGCCAGGUCAUCUGAUGCAGCACUCCAUCACUCCUUCUUGGUAAAAUAGCCCUUACACAGCCUGGAGGUGUGUUGGGUCAUUGUCCUGUUGAAAAACAAAUGAUAGUCCCUCUAAGCGCAAACCAGAUGGGAUGGCGUAUCGCUGCAGAAUGCUGUGGUAGCCAUGCUGGUUAAAACCUCUAUGGGACGGUUGAGCUAACGUGGACAUAGACAUGUCUUAUAUGGGCAGAAAACUUAAAUUCUUGUCAAUCUAACUGCACUGUCCAAUUUACAGUAGCUAUUACAGUGAAAAAAGACCAUGCUAUUGUUUGAGGAGAGUGCACAACAACAAACAACUUAUCAAGGCAACUGGUUUGAUACAUUCACAUCUGAAGGUAAAUAAUGUGCUUACAUUCAGUAAUCUUGCUCCGAUUUGUCAUCCUAAGGGUCUCAGAGAUAAAAUAUAGCAUAGUUUUGUUUGAUAAAAUCAAUUUUUAUAUUCAAAUGUAGGAACUGGUUUAUACAGUUUGAACCCCUGCUGUCUCUGGCACUACACCCACCCCGCCCGGCCAUCUAGAUGUAUGAAAGUUAGUGUAUAAGAUAAUGAUCCAUCAUGUAUGACAUUCCUGGGAGUGUGUAAACUUACAUUUAGUAUUACCAUAUCAUUUUUGUAUGUUCUCUAUGGUUAUGUACUUGAAAAUGUAUCAAUUGACCAAUUCGGCACAUUUGGGCAGACUUGAUACAAAAUAGUCCAGUAUUGCAGUGCUUCACUGGAUCAAUCUGAAACUUUGCACACACACUGCUUCCAUCUAGUGGCCAAAAUCUAAAUUGCGCCUAAACUGCAAUAUUAUAUUGUGGCCUUUCUCUUACAUUUCAAAGAUGAUGGAAAAAAUAAUAAUUAGAAAACGCAUGUUUUUUUGUUUGUAUUAUCUUUUACCAUAUCUAAUGUGUUAUAUUCUCCUACAUUAAUUUCAAAUUUCUACAAACUUCAAAGUGUUUCCUUUCAAAUGGUAUCAAGAAUAUGCAUAUCCUUGCUUCAGGUCCUGAGCUACAGGCAGUUAGAUUUGGGUAUGUCAUUUUAGGCGAAAAUUGGAAAAAAAGGGUCCGAUCCUUAAGAGGUUAAGUGUGCCUUGAAUUCUAAAUAAAUCACAGACAGUGUCACCAGCAAAGCACCAUCACACCCCCUUCUCCAUGCUUCACGGUGGGAACCACACAUGCGGAGAUCAUCCGUUCACCUACUCUGCAUCUCACAAAGACACAGAGUUUGGAACCAAAAAAACUCAAAUUUGGACUCAUCAGACCGAAGGACAGAUUUCCACCCGUCUAAUGUCCAUUGCUCAUGUUUCUUGGCCCAAGCAAGUCUCUUCUUAUUAUUGGUGUCCCUUAGUAGUGGUUUCUUUGCAGCAAUUCGACUAUGAAGGCCUGAUUCACACAGUCUCCUCUGAACAGUUGAUGUUGAGAUGUGUCUGUUACUUGAACUCUGUGAAGCAUUUAUAUGGGCUGCAAUUUCUGAGGCUGGUAACUCUAAUGAACCUAUCCUCUGCAGCAGAGGUAACUCUGGGUCUUCCUUUCCUGUGGCGGUCCUCAUGAGAGCCAGUUUCAUCAUAGCGCUUGAUGGUUUUUGUGACUGCCCUUGAAGAAACUUUCAAAGUUCUUGAAAUGUUCCGUGUUGACUGACCUUCAUGUCUUAAAGUAAUGAUGGACUGUCGUUUCUCUUUGCUUAUUUGAGCUGUUCUUGCCAUAAUAUGGACUUGCUCUUUUAACAAAUAGGGCUAUCUUCUGUAUACCACUCCUACCUUGUCACAACACAACUGAUUGGCUCAAAUGCAUUAAGAAGGAAAUAAAUUCCACAAAUUAACUUUUAACAAGGCACACCUUUUAAUUGAAAUGCAUUCCAGGUGACUACCUCAUGAAUCUGGUUGAGAGUAUGCCAAGAGUGUGCAAAGCUGUCAUCAAGGCAAAGGUUGGCUACUUUGAAGAAUCUCAAAUAUAAAAUAUAUUUUGAUUUGUUUAACACCUUUUUGGUUACUACAUGAUUCCACAAUCUGGACCCUUUUUUUCUAAAAUUAGCCGCCAAAAUUGUCGCAACCCCUAUUACUAGCCUGUUCAAUCUCUCGUAUCGUCUGAGAUCCCCAGAGAUUGGAAAGCUGCUGCAGUCAUCCCCCUCUUCAAAGGGGGUGACACUCUAAAUCCAAACUGUUACAGACCUAUAUCCAUCCUGCCCUGCCUUUCGAAAGUAUUUGAAAGCCAAGUUAACAAACAGAUCACCGACCAUUUCGAAUCCCACCAUACCUUCUCCGCUAUGCAAUCUGGUUUCCGAGCUGGUCAUGGGUGCACCUCAGCCACGCUCAAGGUCCUAAACGAUAUUAUAACCGCGAUCGAUAAAAGACAGUACUGUGCAGCCAUCUUCAUCGACCUGGCCAAGGCUUUCGACUCUGUCAAUCACCGCAUUCUUAUUGGCAGACUAAAUAGCCUUGGUUUCUCAAAUGACUGCCUCGCCUGGUUCACCAACUACUUCUCAGAUAGAGUUCAAUGUGUCAAAUCGGAGGGCCUGUUGUCUGGACCUCUGGCAGUCUCUAUGGGGGUGCCACAGGGUUCAAUUCUCGGGCUGACUCUAUUCUCUGUGUAUAUCAAGGAUGUCGCUCCACCUCUAUGCGGAGGACACCAUUUUGUAUACAUCUGGCCCUUCAUUGGACACUGUGUUAACAAACCUCCAAACGAGCUUCAACGCCAUACAACACUCCUUCCGUAGCCUCCAACUGCUCUUAAACACUAGUAAAACUAAAUGCAUGCUCUUCAAUCGAACGCUGCUUGCACCCGCCCACCCGACUAGAAUCACUACUCUCGGCGGGUCUGACUUAGAAUAUGUGGACAACUACAAAUACCUAGGUGUCUGGUUAGACCGUAAACUCUCCUUCCAGACUCACAUUAAGCAUCUCCAAUUCAAAGUUAAAUCUAGAAUCGGCUUCCUAUUUCGCAACAAAGCCUCCUUCACUCAUGCUGCCAAACAUGCCCUCGUAAAACUGACUAUCCUACCGAUCCUUGACUUCGGCGAUGUCAUUUACAAAAUAGCCUCCAACACUCUACUCAGCAAAUUGGAUAUAGUCUAUCACAGUGCCAUCUGUUUUGUCACCAAAGCCCCAUAUACUACCCACCACUGUGACCUGUACGCUCUCGUUGGCUGGCCCUCACUACAUAUUCGUCGCCAAACCCACUGGCUCCAGGUCAUCUAUAAAUCACUGCUAGGCAAAUCCCCGCCUUAUCUUAGCUCAUUGGUCACCAUAGCAACACCCACCCAUAGUAUGCGCUCCAGCAGGUAUAUCUCACUGGUCAUCCCCAAAGCCAACACCUCCUUUGGCCGCCAUUCCUUCCAGUUCUCUGCUGCCAAUGACUGGAACGAACUGUAAAAAUCUCUGAAGCUGGAGACUCUUUUCUCCCUCACUAACUUUAAGCAUCAGUUGUCAGAGCAGCAUACCGAUCACUGCACCUGUACACAGCCCAUCUGUAAUUAGCCCACCCAACUACCUCAUCCCCAUAUUGUUAUUUAUUUUGCUCAUUUGCACCCCAGUAUCUCUAUUUGCACAUCAUCUUUUGCACAUCUAUCACUCCAGUGUUAAUACAAAAUUGUAAUUAUUUUGCACUAUGGCCUAUUUAUUGCCUUACCUCCAUAACUUACUACAUUUGCACACACUGUAUAUAUAUUUUCUAUUGUGUUUUUGACUGUACGUUUUGUUUAUCCCAUGUGUAACUCUGUGUUGUUGUUGUUUUUAUCGCACUGCUUUGCUUUAUCUUGGCCAGGUCGCAGUUGUAAAUGAGUACUUGUUCUCAACUGGCUUACCUGGUUAAAUAAAGGUGAAAUCAAAAAUAAAAUAAAUAAAAUGUGUUAUUUCAUAGUUUUGAUGCCUUCACUAUUAUUCUACAAUCUAGAAAAUAGUACAAAUAAAGAAAAAUCCUUGAAUAAGUAGGUGUGUCCAAACUUUUGACUGGUACUGUAUAUCUUACCCAUUAUAACUUUAGAACCUUCCAGAAGGCAACUAACUUGGCCGUCUCAGGAACACUCAACGAGGCCACAUUGGCAAUGAUGAAACGACCUCGGUGUGGUAUUGAGGACUCCUUCAAUGACAAAUCCCUCAAAUAUCGAGUCAUGGGUGGGUCAUUUGAUUUAUUCUCCUCUGACUUCAUUGUUAUAUGAUCUUGACUUGAUGAGUCAAACAUAUGGCCACACAAUCAACAAUGGGUAAAAACAAAGCAUUGCCAUAAAUGUUUUAGCUAUACAACUAUUUUCGACUAGUAUAUUUAACUAAUGCCUAUUUCCACAGGUUCUACUUGGCGUAAGAAGAUGUUGACCUACCGCCUCUAUAAUUACACCCCAGAUUUGGGCCUGGCAAAAGCACGUGCGGCCAUCCAGGCUGCGUUUAGGUACUGGAGUGAGGUGUCAUCCCUGAGUUUCCGGGAGGUGCUGUUUCCGGGAAGAGCAGACAUCAAGAUCUCGUUUCAUAAGAAGGAUAGAUCAUGUCCGGUGCCCUUCGAUGGACCAGGUGAGAGUCAGAGUACUCCAUAGUCACACUGCAGUUUGAAUGUGUGAAAGAAGGCUUUUCUGAUCUCAACUGAAGUGACAUGAGUCUGAUCUGGAUGAUCUAUAUGCCUCUGAAUGUGAUAGCAUCUAUAUGUUUACCUGUCUGAAAACAUCCUCUGUCAUUAGGGGGAGUGUUAGCCCACGCAGAUAACCCUGAAUCAGGCAUUGUGCAUUUUGACGAAGACGAGCAGUGGACAGAGGGGACGACCUCUGGCCGUAACCUGAGGAUUGUAGCAGCCCAUGAGAUUGGUCACGUGCUUGGCCUGGGUCACUCUCAGCACCACAAGGCUCUGAUGGGACCUGUCUACUUUGGUUACCGUGCCAACUUCAAACUACAUCCUGAUGAUAUCCGUGGAAUCCAAGCUCUGUAUGGUGGGGGCUGGAUUAUGAUUUAUUUUGUUGAGUUAAGACAGACAGAGUAUGUCAUCAAUAUCUGAUAAGCCAUAUAAUUAUUCCAUAGUAAGACUUUGAUUUCCUGUGGAUGUUGUAUGCAGAGGAUAAAUACAGUUUCAAGCCGUUAUGUCCCGUGUAGCUCAGUUGGUAGAGCAUGGUGCUUGCAAUGCCAGGGUUGGGGGUUUGAUUCCCAUGGGGGACCAGUACAAAAAUGUAUGCCCUCACUAAUGUAAGUCGCUCUGGAUAAGAGUGUCUGCUAAAUGACUAAAAUGUGAAAUGUGAAAAUGUUAUGUGUUUGAAACAUUUGUCUUUUCUGUUCUCCUUUAGGGAAGCCAGGCAAUCGUCCAACAGUAUCCAGAAAGCCAAAUGAUUCAUCCCUAGAGGCAGGUCCACCACAUCUUUGCAAGAGUAUCAUAGAUGCAAUUAUGUUAGGUAGGUAUUGUAAAGAUUUAAUCCCAAUUUUUGCCCUACAAAAAACUAUGUAAUUACUGCAAAUUAGAAAAGCACUUUCAUUCAGAUAUACAGUAUCUACAAGUGUUUGUCUGAUAUUUAUCGACCACCCAGGUCCUUUUCGCAAGACAUAUGUCUUCAGCGGUCAGUAUGUUUGGACAGUGUCUGACACUACUGGCUACAACACACCCAUCCUGAUCUCUGUGCUGUGGAAGGAUCUGCCAGGGAGCCUCAAUGCAGCUGUGUACUCUCAGAGGACCAACAAGUCCUACUUCCUGAAAGGUAAACCUUUUGCCCUGCAUCACACUGUCCCUAGCCUGGUCCCAUAUCAGUUUGUGCUGUCUUGCCAACUUCAUUGUCAUUAUUUACCAAACCUACCAUAGGAGUCGGCAAGACAUCACACACAGAUCUUGGACCAGGCUACACUGUCCCUGUUUCAGUUCUGGAAUUUCUGUCAGUAUUGUAGUUUUCAUGUGUCACUGUCAUAUUCUUAAUUCAGGAGACAAAGUGUGGAGGUAUACCAGAUUCAAACUCGACAUUGGCUUUCCGAAACACUUGGCCAGCAUUCCCUCUAAUGUCGAUUCAGCCUUGUACUUCAACCGGAACAACAAAGUGAUCUUCUUCAAGGUAAGGAACAAACAAACAAUGGUUUUGGCUAAUGUGUGAACAUGUAACAUACCCUCUAGUCUAGACCAUUUCAGAAUGAGUGAUGACCAGAUAAUAGUUACACUUUAUUCUAUCCCAAAGGGUUCUCAGUAUUGGCAGUGGGAUGAAGCUGGGGCAACGGACUCCAGCACGUAUCCCAAACCGAUAUCACAUCUCUUCUCUGGGGUACCCUACAGCCCAGAUGCAGCCUUCACAUGGACAAACGGCCAUAUAUACAUUUUUAAAGGGAACCAGUACUGGCGCAUCAACAAUAAACAAGUUGUGGAUAAGGGCUACCCUCUCAUAACA